AACCUCGUCGAACAGCGCCGACGGGAUUGGGGCGUUCUCGCAACCUUCGCCGCUCGGCAGUUGGCUGCGAAGGAGCCGAUCAGUCAAAGCUCCGACUCCAGCAGCGGCCCGCACUCGCAGACACAUACACGGUUGUUCAGUAAUUCGACAGCAAGCUCUUCGUGACUUACGACGCCAAGCAGGACCACUUGCGGUAAAACGAAACCAUUCCGUCAUACGCGGCCCACACCGUGCACAAUCCUUGGCCCAGCGAAGCCAACCCGCUCGCUUUGUAAUAGUGCCGAUUAUUACACUUGCACCCGCGGGGUUGCAUAGUCUUUCAAGGCUCCUUGUAUGCAACUCGAGUGCAAGCUCUUCGGCGCGUUAGUUCAUAGUCACAUUGCGGUUGACCACUAUCGCGAGUCAUGCUAUACGAAUACGAUCAGCAGCUUAGCUGACACUGGUUCAAGCGACUUCGCGAUGCAGCAGCCCGCGUCGGUCUCGGGGCCCCACGAGACGGCCAACGCAUGGCAGCAGCCUCCUGGCUUCGGAGGUGGAUCUGCUUUUGCGGCAGCUGGGAACUUAAGCGACUCCGAAUCUGAGGACAAGCAUGGUGCUCCGGUUGCAGUCCGGGGGCCGCAGCCGCAAGCUAAGCAGCAGCCGGUCCCACAGCCCUACAUGACCGAAAAGGACAGUCUCAUGCAGCUUCUCAGCCUGCUGGAGAAGAGCGAGCGCUCUGAGCCGGUGCUGAGCGCGCCCAACUCGGCGGGCCCUGGGCCCACGAACCUGUCCCCGCUGCCCCCGCCCCCCCAGCCCCAGCCCUUCCAAACCCCCCAGCCCCCGGCCCCCGCCCACCUCAACCUCCGCGGCCCCGCCAGCCACCCGCUGGUCGGCCUGCACGACGGCGACUUCAGCAGCAGCGGCUACGCAGCCGUCGCGGCCGCGGUGCUGGCGGAAGCUGACGCCGAGGCUGAAGCUGAGCCAGCAGCCGGAGCAGCAGCGAGCGCCUCGACCGCUGCCGCUACCGCGACCGCGACCACCACAGCAGCGGGCGCCACCGCCGCUAUUACUGGCGCAGCGCCCCAACGCCAGCCCCGCAGCGCGGCACCGGCGGCGGCGACAGCCGCCGCCCCUACCGCCCCCACCAACGCCAACGCCAGCACGACCACCACCACCAUCCCAGCUGCUACUGCCAACGCUGCUGGUGCUACUGCUGGCAAGGAAGACGAAGAGCUGCCCACGCUGGACAGCGACAAUCUGCCCGACAUUCCCGGCCUGCUGCAGAGCCUGUGCUCCAAACCCGUGCCGUACGGCAUCGGCCUGGUCGCGCCCGAGGUGAUCGCCGCACAGAUGGCGGCGGCGGCGACGGCGGAGGCGGCGGAGGCGGAAGCCGCCGCUGCCGCGGCUGCGGAGGCAGUGGCGUCGGUGGCAGCGGUGGGGCCUGCGCCUGCGGGCUCGAGUGCGGGUGUGGGCGGAUCACCGGGUGGCGGUGAUGUGCACAUGUCGCCUGCGGAGGCUGAGGAGCACCAGCAGAUGCAGGUGCCGGACCGGCAGGGCUCGUCCGCGGCGGCCGAGUUUGGCGCCGCCGCCGCCGCUGCCGCCGCCGCCGCCGCCGCCGCACCUCUCGGUCUGGACCCCGGCAACACGCUGCACAUGGACCUGCUGAGCGCGCUGCGGAGCGCCACCGCCGCCGAGCGACAGCAGCCGCUACAGCCACUACAGCCGCAGGGGCAGCAGCAGCAGCUGGAGGCAGCGGAGCCCAACGGCUUCCAGGGCUUCACGCGGGAGAGCCGCAUCAGCGGCACCGGCACCAGCGACGAGCCGCACGGCGGCGGCGGCGGCGGCAUGGCGGUUGACGGCCCCGUGGUGCUACUGCCGCCGCCGCAGCAGCAGCCGUACGCUGGCGGCGCUGGCGGCUACAGCCGGGCGCAGCAGCUGCAGGGCAGUAGCCGUACCUCCCUCGAUCCGUACUCCGGCGCAGCCGCCGCCGAUGACGGCGCCGGCGGCGCCGCCGCCGGGCUGUACGGCGCCGGCUUCGCUGGCGGUGUGAACCUGAACCCGUACGGCGCCGGCGGUGGCGGCUCGUGUGCGGCCUCCGCCGCCGGCACGCCGCCGCUGUCGCCGCGCAACUUCCCAGGUAUGGUGUUUGGCCAACAGCAGCCGUACCCGGGGUCGCAUGGCGGCGGCGCGUACGGCGGCGGCGGCGCCGACGGCGGCGGCAGUGGCGCCGGCGGCGGCGGCGGCUCGCCCUGGUCCACCAGUGGCCAGGCGCUGCCGCCGCGCGUGCCGUCAAUGGCAGCGCCGCCGCCGCCGCAUCAGCAGCACCCGGCGUUCCUCCGCCCCAGCGGCACCAGCCUCAGCGGCGGCAUUGAGGCGGACGGCGCGCCGAGCUCCGGCGUGGCCUCCGGCACUGGGAGCCCCUUCAUGCGCGCCUGCAUGCCGCCAGGGUUGGCGGGCGGUAGCGGCGCCGCCGGCGGCGGCACCGGCAGCAGCAGUCCUUUUGCUGGCGCCGCCGCCGAGGCGGCCGCCGCCGCCGCCGCCAGCCGCCGCCAGCAGCUCAGUGGCGUCAGUGCGCCGGCUGCCGUACUGGGGCCGGCCGUGGCGGGCGCGGCGGAGUACUACGGCCGCCGCGCCAGCGGCGGCGGCGGCGCCGCCGCCGGCGGCGCGGCCGGCCCGCACGGCUAUCUGUACGCCCCUCGCGACUGCAACGUCAGCACCACGACCCUGAGCGACAGCGAGUACGGCGGCGGCGGCGGCGCCGCCGGCGACCACCGCGGCAGCUUCACUGGCGGCGGCGGCGGCGGCGUGCCACUGCCGCGCGGCCUCGCCUCGCUCAGCGGCGGCGACGGCUCCGUGGUCACCGGCGCCGCCGGCGCGUCCUUCUCCGGCCUCAGCGGCCUCAACCUCGGCGGCGGCAGCACCAGCACCGCCACCACCGGCGGCGCCUCGACGCUCUCCGGCCUCUCCAAACGCUCGCGCAACCGCUCGCGCUCCACGACGCCGCCGCCAUCGGCGCGGCGCGCCUCCGCCUCCGGCGCACUUGGCGGCGCCGCCGCCGCCGCCACUCUGUCCGGCCCCACGGCCAUGACCGCAACCAUGGAUGACAACAACGACGAGGCGAGCAGUGGAGAGGACGGCGGCGGGCGCACGUGGCGGCCGGAGGACAUCCCGGGGCCGGUGCCGGUGUCUGUGAGCGGGCAGGGCAAGCCGGGCCAGGUGGACAGCGAGGGGCGGCGGGCGCGCAUCACCGUGAGCGGCGUGUUCCACCCAGACCGCUACCUGGCCAACCAGGACUGCAUCUGGUGGAACAACCAGUUUGUGAGCCGCUCCCGCUUUGAGAAGGAGGGCGGCAGCACCACAGCCAAGUGGCACUGCUCCAUAAAGGUUGCGGGCGACAACACCGCCCUCGGCAGUUGGCUCAGCGCCCGGGGACUGCCCGUGCUCAAGGGCUGCGCGCGCAAGAGCAAGAAGCAGCGUGCCGCCGAGGGCCGCACCUCGGCCCCCGGCGGCCCCGUGUCAGCUACAGCCGCCGCCGGCACGGGCGGCUCUGCUACAGCCACGCCUCCCAGCGGCGUCGGCACCCCCAACAGCACCAGCCCCGGCGGCGCUGGCGGCGGCGCCGCCGCCGCCGCGCGCGCGGGCAUGGGCGCCUCCUCCUCCUCCGCCAAGUCACUGAGCAACGCGGUGUUGGGCUCGGCUAUGCUACUACAGACGACAACCACGGGCGGUGGCGGCGGCGGUGGCGGCCACGGCCACGCCGGGCCGAACAGCGGUGGCGGCGGCGGCGGCGGCGGCUUCCCCUCAGUGGUUGUGACGACCUCGGGGGCGCCGGGUCCGGCGCCAAGCCACGGACACGUGGUGCAUGCGGCAUCUGGCGGCGGCGGCGGCGGCGGCGGCGCUGGCUCGUGGGGCCCCUUUGCGGCGUCGCUGACGCAUCAGCCACCCAUGCAGCACUACGGCCAAUCCGCGUUCCUACACCCGGGCGCGUCGGCAGCCGCCGCCGGCGCCGCCGCCGGCAGCAGCGGCCAUAACUCUGCAUCCGGCCAGAUUAGCCCUGGCGGUGGCGGAGGCGGAGGCGGCGCCGGUCUGGCACCCUCCGGUGGCAGCGGCACUGACGCUUUCGGUUUCCCUAGCGUGUAUCAGCAACAGCAGCAGCAGGGCUAUGGCUCCUACGGGCAGCAGCAGCAGCAGCUGCGGUCGCUGUCGCAGUCGCACAUCCAGCUACAGCCACACGGCACUGCCGCGCACCCGCCGGGCUCCAUGGGUCCGCCCUCGCCGCAGUUCUACCGUGCCUCUCAGACCCACAGCUACAGCCACUCAAACCCCACCUCUAACCCCACCUCCAACCCUGCCUCCCAGCCCCAUUCGCCGUUGGUGUACGGAGGUGGAUCCAAUUACAGUGGCGGCAGCAACAGCGGCCAACUGCCGGGCAUGGUCACAUCCGCCUUUGCGGCGGCGGCGGGCUUUGGCGGCGCUGCAGCAGGCGGUGGCGGCGGCGGCGCUCGUCUGUCGGGGAGCAACGUCGGCACGGUUGUGAACGAUGACAACUUCGGCCCGAACACCGUGUGCCAGGGCAGCGGCGGCGGCGCCGCCAACAUGUCCCUCAUGACGUCCGCACCCGCCGCCCUGCUGACAGAGGUCAUCAACCACUCCGCGGCGGUUGACGGUUACCAAGACGGCGGUUAUGGUUACGGUUAUGGUUACGCUGACCAGCAACAGCCGCUGCAGCAACAGCCCAUGCACCCGCCGCCGGCGCGCUCGCCAACGCCCGGCAGCCCGGCACGCAUGCCGCGUUCCGCGUACGGCGACAAACCGAUGCUCGGGGCGGUUGGGGUGGUUGCGUCGUUCGGCCGUUGGGUGGAGGAGCCAGAGAGCGGCGGCGGCGCGGCCCCCGGCGAAGGCGGCGGCGCGUACGGCCUUUGAUGCGGGCCGCCGGGGCUUGUGAGGUAUCAGCAGAGUGGUGGGCGGGGUAUUGGGUGUUUUUUGUCGGGGGUACCGGUAUGCGCGUUUGGUGGAUCAGUGCGCGGGUGUUGGGUAUGACCGUAUAGGUAUUGAGAGGUGGGCGUGUUACUGUGCUGGCCUUUCCGAGCCUGGUGUGUCGAGACCGGUGGAUCCUUGCUCGAAGUCCUCCGGAUCUACUGCCGUGAGCUUGGCCGCAAACACAACACUGCGUACUGUGGGCAACAGCAGCCGACAGCGGCAGCGGCAGUGCUGGUCGGCGAGGCCAAACACACGCACGACGGAAUAAGCACGCGUCGCUCGGCCGGCGGGCGCGCGCGUAUGCAGCGCGUGAGCUUUGAGAGAUAGUGAAUUGAGGUUGGAGGUUUUGAGGCGCUCGCGGCCUGCUGGAUUAAUUGACGCGCCGGGGGUUUUAGUUUCUGCCCACUGCCAAAGACCAGGGGGUGGAGAGGGUUUUGACGCGGCCGCCGCCGUCAUGCCCUCAUGCAGGCCACUGCUGUGAUAAUUGUGUACAUGCGUUGUCUCCUGCGCUUUGCUUUUUUGCUUGGAAGUUGGAACCGGGAAGUGCGGUGCUCGGGAGGAAACGAGGAACAGAGCAGGUGGAACACAAUUGACAUGAGCGGCGGGAGAUGGCUGACGAUGAUGGGGACGAGGGGGAGGUGUGUAUGCGGUGUCGGGUCUCGUCAAAGUACAGUUUAGGGUGCGCUCACGUGGGGUGCGCUGGACUCUGCACUGCAGCUCCAGGGGGGGCCCAAAGCACUGCAAGGGCUGUGGUAUGUGACGACACGGCUUGGCAGCGAGCGCCAAUGUUACUGAUAUGCCGCUGGAGACGACUGUUUGCCCCACCGGCACGUGCCGUGCGCGGUCCACGCAUGCGGCAGACCGUCACUCGGGCUGUCACGGGGAGCUGUGCCAUGCCCACCUGCCGGCAUCGACCUAGCUCGGAGGGACAGGUGACGAGCUAUCAGGUGGGCGUGACAACAUUACGUAGUUAAGGAGGAGCUUCGAACUUCGAGGGACAUCCUUUCCAGCACCCCUCGCGCCCCUCGCCCGCCACGGCGCGGCCACGGCCCACCCCUCUGUCGUUCCUAGCACAACGUACCGUGUUUAAGGCAGCACGGAGGGCUUGGAGCCGAGGCACGGAGUUGAUGGAAGUUGGGCGUGAGAGCAGCAGCCGCCGCUACAGCAGCAGCACGGCCGCAACGGGGGCUAUAAACACGUC